AUGACCAAGACGGUGGUAAUUCUGGGUGGCUCCUUUGGGGGUCUCCAUGUUGCUCACGCGCUGCUCAAAAAGCAGCACAAAGAUGUUAAAGUCAUUCUCGUGUCCAAGAACAGCCACUUCUACUGGAACCUCGCGUCCGUUCGAGCCAUCAUCCCGGGCCUCAUCAAAGACGAGGACAUCUUCAAGCCCCUUGAAAGCGCCCUCUCCCGCUACCCCUCCACAUCGUACGAGCUCCUCAUUGGCACCGCCACGGCCGCCGACUUUGACGCCAAGACCGUCGAUGUGACCGUCUCGACCGACAACAGCAGGCGUACGCUGACGUAUGAUCAUCUCGUGCUUGCCACGGGUUCCCGCUGCCCCGAGCCCACCUCGCCGUGGAAGGCCUCGGGCAGCUACGAGGAGGUGCUCGAGCAUCUCCACCAGACCGCCAAGAAAGCCAAGGCCGCAAAGCACAUCGUGGUCGGCGGUGCAGGCGGCACCGGCGUCGAGGUGGCGGGUGAGCUUGCAUAUGAGUGGGGCAAGACCAAGGAGAUCAUCCUGCUUUCUGCAGACGACAAGGUGCUGGGCGGAGACGUUACGGCCUCGGCGGCGGCCAACGAGCUGAAGAAGCUAAAUGUCAGCAUCAAGUACGGCGCCCGUGUCGACAGCACCAGCACAAACUCCGAGUCCGGCAAGACCGAGGUAAAGCUCGCAAACGGCGAGGUCAUCGCGACGGACUUGUACCUGUCGACCAUCGGGGUGGUGCCCAACACCGAGUACGUGCCCGCCAAGUAUCUCGCCGGCAAGGAUAACUACCGCACCGUGGUGGUGGACGAGUACCUGCGGGUCAAGGAGACCAAGGACGUUUGGGCCUGCGGCGACGUCGUCAGCAAGCCCCGCGCGGGCUUCUUCAUCACGCAGAAGCAGGCCGUCAGCGUCGCCAAGAACAUAGAGGCCGCGUUGGCCGGCAAGGAGCCUGCUGUUGCCAAGGGACCGCCGGUGGAUAUCUUUGCGUGCGCGGUUGGUCGGGGACGGGGUGCUGGGCGGAUGGGGUCCGUCAAGCUGCCCAGUUUCGCCGUGUGGCUGGCCAAGGGGCGCACGCUGGCGAUACAGAUGGUUCCGGGGUACAUUGACGGGAGCGUUGCGUAG